GGAAGGAAUCACACUGUGAACAGAAAGACUUUGAUUUCCAGGAUGCCUAGGAAGUUCAUUUCUGCUCUGCUCCUGCUGCAGAUGAAUUUCUGCUUUAGAUCUGUGAGCUGUGGGAAGGUGUUGGUGUGGCCAAUGGAAUUCAGUCACUGGAUGAACAUAAAGAUAAUACUGGAUGAACUUGUGCAGAGAGGCCAUGAAGUCACUGUUCUGAAACCUUCGGCUUACUAUGUUCUUGAUCCAAAAAAAUCUCCCGGACUCAAGUUUGAAACUUUCUCCACAUCUCUCAGUAAAGAUGAUCUGGAAAAAAGUAUCACUAAGAUGGUGGAUGUGUGGACUUAUGAGAUUCCACGAGAUUCAUGUCUAUCAUAUUCUCCUUUACUUCAAAAAGUGUUUGAUGAAUACUCUGAUUGUUAUCAAAGUCUUUGUAAGGACAUUGUUUCAAACAAACAGCUCAUGACAAAACUACAGGAAUCCAAGUUUGAUGUCCUUUUCUCAGAUCCCAUUGCUCCCUGUGGGGAGCUGAUAGCUGAACUUCUCCAGAUUCCUUUUAUGUACAGUUUUCGCUUCUCUCCAGGCUACACAAUGGAAAAGUACAGUGGAGGACUUACACUCCCUCCCUCUUAUGUACCUAUGAUUUUAUCAGGAUUAGGUGGCAAAAUGACAUUCACAGAGAGGGUAAAAAAUAUGAUAUGUAUGCUUUAUUUUGACUUUUGGUUCGAGACAUUUGCAGGGAAGAAAUGGGAUCCGUUUUACAGUGAAAUUUUGGGAAGGCCAACCACCUUAGCUGAGACCAUGGGCAAAGCAGAAAUGUGGUUCAUUAGAUCUUACUGGGAUUUGGAGUUUCCUCACCCAACCUUACCAAAUGUUGAGUAUGUUGGAGGACUCCACUGCAAACCUGCUAAACCCUUACCUAAGGAAAUAGAAGACUUUGUCCAGAGCUCUGGAGAGCAUGGAGUGGUUGUGUUUUCUCUGGGGUCAAUGGUCAGGAACAUGACCGAAGAUAAGGCCAAUGAAGUUGCAUGGGCCCUUGCCCAGAUUCCACAGAAGGUUCUUUGGCGAUUUGACGGCAAAAAACCAGCUUCCUUAGGGUCCAAUACCAGAGUCUACAAGUGGCUUCCCCAGAAUGACCUUCUUGGUCACCCAAAAACCAAAGCCUUUGUAACUCAUGGUGGAGCCAAUGGUGUCUAUGAGGCCAUCCAUCAUGGAGUCCCUAUGAUUGGCAUUCCUUUGUUUGGAGAACAAUGUGAUAACAUUGCCCAGAUGGUUGCCAAAGGAGCAGCUGUUGGAUUGAAUAUCAGAACAUUGUCAAGCUCAGAUUUGCUCAAUGCGCUGGAGGAAGUCAUACACAAUCCUUCCUAUAAAGAGAAUGCUAUGUGGUUGUCAACCAUUCACCAUGAGCAGCCUAUGAAGCCCCUGGACAGGGUUACCUUCUGGAUUGAGUUUGUCAUGCGCCACAAAGGAGCCAGGCACCUGAGACCACUUGCAUACAACCUCACCUGGUACCAGUACCACUCUCUGGAUGUGAUUGGAUUCUUACUAGCCUGUGUGGUGACCACUGCAGUUAUUUCUAUAAAGUGCUGCUUGACUGCUUACAAACUCUUUGUAAAGAAGGAAAAGAAAAUGAAAAAAAAGUAGAGCUCAUUAAUAAGUCAGUUUUUGGAUAAAAUUCCAGCAUCAUUCUAGUUUAUAAACUACCUUCUAAACACUCACUAAUUUGCUUUGGUAAAGCAAUCUUAUUUGUAAUUUCAUACCGUGUAAGAAGAAUAUGUGUGUGUGUGUACAUAUACACUGAAAAGUGAUCAAAGAAUCCCAUCAUUUAUUUUAAUUAUUAAAUUAUUCAGUAUAAAACAAAUUGCAUUCCUAGAAAAAUAUAGAAAUUUAAUACA